ACUGAACAUUGCCUCACAUUAUCCCGUGGUCGAGGAAAAUAGCACUUGUCGCUAGCUACGGUGUAUUCAAGACUACAAAAGGAGGUCGCUUCAACAAGAAAGGAGUUUCGCUUACAGCUUCUAAUAGUCUAAGACGAAUUGCUACCUCGAUCAAGAACAUAUUAUUUGGUAGACGAUUAUUUACUUUGACGAAGGCUUUCACGGAAAAAAAACGAUGAAACAGGUGUGGAGUGGUGGUGUAUUGUUCCUACUGCUCGUGGUACUGGCCCGCGGUCAGUUGGACGAAGAGAAACAAGGAUGCGCUUGGGAUGUGGACACCGACCCCGACCAAGGUCUUGACCCAAAAUCCCUUGAAGCUGGAGCCAGACAUUUGGCUCACCUGCCGGAGAUGGACUGCAAGGGGUGUCAGGAUGCUUGCUGCGGCGACCAGGACUGCCAGCUCGCUUUGAUUGGAACCCCAGCUGAUGGAACUUCGGAGUGUUUUCUCGUCAGCUGCAUGAAAGAUGGAAAGGACGUCUGCGUUUUACAGUCCGAUUCACAGUUCAAAGUCUACCGCAAAAAGACGCAGCCCAACACUAAAAAAGUCGAAGUUGACUCUCUUAGUGAAGCUGGUGUCCCCAGGGAAGUCAACGUGACAGGUAGGCAUAUUGGUCUUUAGGACAAUGACAAUUCAGGUGCGUCAUUGGCACUUAUAGGGACUGCUUUAGCCAAGUAGGCUAGACUAGGCUAUAUCAGUACUUUGUCAAUGAAUAUGCCAAUUGCUUAGUUUUUGGUGGGGUCAAUAUGGCUUACAAAUUAGGGCAAUGUGGCAGAGGACCAUUCCCCAGCUCUGUCCUGGUUUUGCAAUCCUUUUUAUUGAGCUAAGGAAUCAUAGUGCAAGUUAUGCACUCUAGAAAUUAAAUUUGACCUGGACUUUAGCCUUUCAGUCAGUUUAAAGUGUGAAAAUGAAUUAUGGACCACCACUCAAGUUUAUACAGUGUUGUCUCUUUUAUUUGCUUCUUCCAAUACACAUUAACCCAGUGGCGACCAGUGCUCAUUGUUCUGUAUUUCAUGGUGCUGCGUUUUAGUCUCACAUACGCCAUCCACUGCUUUGCAUACCGUCAUACAUUCGUAGCCAGGUAAGGUGCGUUUUACAAAGUGGAACAAUUAGGAAAGCGUGGUUUUUCUGUGCCAGGGGUAUUGAAUCCUAUUGGAGUUCACAGGACGUUUUUUGUGUGGCAACUUCACCCAUUUCUCUGGCACACACACUUACUUCCUGAUAGGUGAACUUUCAUGGGGAGAGAUGGUGCUUUCAAGACAACUGCGAACUCGGAAAAAACCGAGGUCAAAUUAUGACGUCAGUGAUCUUCAGGUUGGAAAGUCGGAGAUCGAGAAAGAGGUCAGAGUUCCCAACUUGGAAUUCCGAGUGAAUGACCGUUAAACGUUUUUUUCUCCCAUCGGAGCUCGUUUUUUUCCGAGUUCCCAGUUGUCUUGAACGCACUGAAGUCGGAAGUCGGAGAUGUCUGAGUUCCCACUGCCCAAUUGUUUUGAACACGGCAAGAGACUGGGCCAACCAGUCAGCCAGGUUUGCAUGUGCAAGAUAAGAUUGAUUUGUAUAAUAGGAUGGAACGUCUUCUGAGGUGGAGUGGAGAGACUCAGGUCGGCGCUCCUUUGUCAUGUUUUGUUUGUCCAUUCCAGCUCCCAUGGUUUCACUCAGUUUGUAAAUCAUAGGGAAAUAAAGGCAGGAGAAAGCCACAGUAGGCCUACUAACUCUCCUCCUAGAAAGGUGCUUUUCUUUGACAACUAGGCCCUCAUCAUACAUUUAUUUAUUACUUAUAUUAUUUUGUUUUGGUGUUAAUCAUAUUUUCAUCUUGACUGAUGUAGUUCCCGAUUUGCUACUCUUUGACUAUAGAACGUGCCCCUUUUUAAGCAUGUAAUCCGACAACGGAUAGGUUUCCAUGUGAAUUGAGCUUUUUGUGACCCGCUUCAGUGUUAACCUCUCGUCUGCCCUUUCCUCUUCCCACAGAUAAGUGCCGCAUGCCCAUGGUAGUGGGCUCCUGCCGCGCUGCCUUCCCCAAAUACUACUAUGACGUAACCAACCAGACCUGCAAGCUGUUCAUCUAUGGCGGCUGCGACGGCAACGGAAACAACUUUCACACUCAGGAGGAGUGUGAGGGGGCUUGUAGUGGGGUGACAGGUGAGAUAUCGUUCUACCUAGGUGAUUUUCCAUAUUGGGGAAAUAUUUGUGGGUGUGUGGUUUCUCUGUUGGCCCAGCCAUGGCGUCACUGCCGGGGCGUUGUCAGUGGAACGCAGCUGUGGUCUUAAGUCAACACAUAGACAGUCUGAGGUGGUGGGAGCCAGCGGUAACAGAGGAGGAAGUGACCUUGUGGAAACUAAGUAACAGAGAGGGAAGUCUCACGUUACUAACAGCCUUCAGCAGGGACUGCUGGGGGGCAAUUCCAAUGUAAUAGAAUUAGGCAAAGACUCAGAUUUUUUAACUUUAAAAUGUAUGCAUUUUACAAAAGCACAUUUACAGGAAGAACUGUGCAGAUGCAAAGUUUGGUUACGGAAAAAAACAGAGUGAGAUUUUACUGUAAUUCUGUUACUAAACUUUGCAUCUGCACAGUUUUUCCAGUAAAUGUUAAGAAAAUAAUAAUUGACUGUGUAAUUUGUUCCAGGUGGUCAUGGUGCAUAGAGUUGUAUGGUUUGUUUUAAAACUUUUAUAUAAAUUGUUUUACAUUUUUAAAGCGAAAAAUCUGAGUCUCAGCAUAAUUCUGUUACUGUGGAAAUGCCACGGGUUAAAAGACAUGCCAUGUUGGGGUUAAGUCUUUGUUUUCUCGGUAAUUAGGCCUACCUAUAUUUUUUUUUCCUCGACGUCUUACAUUUCCCCCUGCCCCGGCUUGUGUAUGGUUGAUCAUUAUUUAAUGUGCAUUUUAUUCAUCUCCCAAAGUCAUAAUUCUAAACUGGAUUGGGCAGUGAGCGUUUUGUUUCAACUCAAAUUGCCAAAACACAGAAUGAUUGUGUCAACACCUUUUCAGCAGGUUUAACUAACUCCCUUGUGUGUCUUAGUCCACACCCCAAUGUUAUUUAGGGUUUUCACAGCAAUCAGUACUGGUUCUUUUGUUGUUGCUUUGCUGUAGGGCAGGGAUGGGCAACUUUGAUGUGGGGUGGGGGCCACAAAAAAUCGGAACUCAUCAUGGGCAAAUUGAGUGACUGACAUAAUGAUAGAAAAACUGAUGCACAACCAAAUUUCGAAAUUGCAACUUGUGUAUUCUACACUGAACAAAAAUAUAAACGCAACAUGUAAAUUGUUGGUCCCAUGUUUCAUGAGCUCAAAUAAAAGAUCCCCGAAAAUUUUUCCAUACGCACAAAAAACACAUUUCUCAAAUUUUGUGCACAAAUUUGUUUACAUCCCUGUUAGUGAGCAUUUCUCAUUUGCCAAGAUAAUCCAUCCACCGGACAGGUGUGGCAUAUCAAGAAGCUGAUCAUUACACAGGUGCACUUUGUGCUGUGGACAAUAAAAAGCCACUUUAAAAUGUGCAGUUUUGUCACACAACACAAUGCCACAGAUGUCUCAAGUUUUAAGGGAGUGUGCAAUUGGCAUGCUGACUGCAGGAAUGUCCACCAGUCUUGUUGCCAGAGAAUUGAAUGUUGAUUUCUCUACCAUAAGCCGCCUCAAUGUCGUUUUAGAGAAUUUGGCAGUACGUCCAACCGGCCUCACAACCGCAAACCAUGUGUAACCACACCAGCCCAGGACCGCCACAUCCGGCUUCUUCACCAGAAGGAUCAUUUGAGACCAACCACGCGGACAGCAGAUUAAACUGUGGGUUUGCACAACCGAAGGAUUUCUGCACAAACUGUCAGAAACCGUCUCAGGGAAGCUUAUCUGCGGGCUCGUCGUCCUCACCAGGGUCUUGACCUGACAGCAGUUCGGGUCGUAAACGACCUCAGUGGGCAAAUUGCUCACCUUCGAUGGCCACUUGCACGCUGUAGAAGUGUGCUCUUCAAGGAUAAAUCCCGGUUUCAACUGUACUGGGCAGAUGGCAGACGUGUGGGCGAGUGGUUUGCUAAUGUCAAUGCUGUGAACUGAGUGCUCCGUGGUGGUGGGGUUAUGGUAUGGGCAGGCAUAAGCUACAGACAAUGAACACAAUUGCAUUUUAACUAUGGCAAUUUUGAUUGCGCAGAGAUACCUUGACGAGAUACUGAGGCACUUUGUCGUGCCAUUCAUCCACCGCCAUCACCUCAUGUUUCAGCAUGAUAAUGCACGGCCCCAUGUCACAAGGAUCUGUACACAAACUGAAAAUGUCCCAGUUCUUCCAUGACCUGCGUACUCAUCAGACAUGUCACCCGUUGAGCAUGUUUGGAAUGCUCUGGAUUGACGUGUAAGACCGUGUGUUCCAGUUCCCGCCAAUAUCCAGCAACUUCACACAGCCAUUGAAGAGGAGUGGGACAACAUUCCACAGGCCACAAUCAACAGCCUGAUCAACUCUAUGCGAGGUGUCGCACUGCAUGAGGCAAAUGGUGGUCACACCAGAUACUGACUGGUUUUCUGAUCCAUGCCCCUACCUUUUUAUUUAAGGUAUCUGUGACCAACAGAUGCAUAUCUGUAUUCCCAGUCAGGUGAAAUCCAUAGAUAAGGGCCUAAUGAAUUUAUUUAAAUUGACUGAUUUCCUUAUGUGAACUGUAACUCAGUGAAAUCUUUGAAAUUGUUGCAUUUUGUGUUUAUUUUUGUUGAGUAUAUUAUUCUAACUCUCAACAGUAAGUUGAGACCCUGACUGAGUUCCCCCCCAAAAUAAGUAUUUAUAUAUUUGUUUAAUUGAGCCACAGGUGUGCCACCAGUUGCCCAUCCCUGCUGUAGGGUAAUUCCAUGGUAACAGAAUUAUGCUGAGACUCUGAUUUUUCACUUUAAAAUGUAUGCCAAGCAAAAAACAUUGAUUUCAUAGUGUUUCAUUCAUUUCAAGUUCUAGCAUGCAUCACUAUGGUAGUUUACUGCACAUACUAUUGUCCUUUUAGAAAUAGUCAAAAUAGCAUCUCCUCCUUGUGGUCACUCCACUAGGGUCCUGGCAGCAUCCUUAAGUCCUUCACAUCAGUCCAGCAGGCUACUAGUCCAACUCCUGUCUCGGUUUCCUACUUUGAGUAAGCUACAGAAAAUUGAAUUAUACCUAAACAAAGUAAAUUAACUAAAAUAGGUCAUUUUUAAAGGCUUAGUUGGAACAAUAAAACAGGACCAGGACCAUUCAUGUGAGUCUCAACUACUAAGCUAGUUAGUGUUACGUCAUCCCUUUGAGGUGUAGAGUGUUUGUCAUGGGUGUGUGUCGUGUGCAUAGAUGGUGUUAUGCUUGUUUCAGCUUACCCAAUGCCAAACCGGUUAAGCGACCUCUGUACGAUGAGAUGAACUGCAUUUUUCACAAGGGUUGGCCUGAGCCGUGCACUAUAGUCUCAACCAUUCCGUAAUAAUAAACUCUUCAUAGUCAGGCUCUUGCAGUUGGAGCUAAUGUACAGUGCUGUGAAAAAGUAUUUGCCCCCUUUCUAAUUUUCUCUACUUUUGCAUAUUUGUGAUACUGAAUGUUAUCAGAUCUUCAACCAAAACCUAAUAUUAGAUAAAGGGAACAUAAGUGAACAAAGAACACAACAAUUACAUAUUUAUUUCAUAAACAAAGUUAUGCAACACCCAAUUCCCCUGUGUGAAAAAGUAAUUGCCCCCUUACACUCAAUAACUGGUUGUGCCACCUUUAGCUGCAAUGACUCCAACCAAAUGCUUCCUGUAGUUGUUGAUCAGUCUCAUGUCGCUGUGGAGGAAUUUUGGCCCACUCUUCCAUGCAGAACUGCUUUAACUCAGUGACGUGUGGGUUUUCAAGCAUGAACUGCUCGUUUCAAGUCCUACCACAACAUCUCAAUUGGGAUUAAGUCUGGACAUUGACUAGGCCUUCCCAAAACAUCCAAUUUGUUGCUUUUUAGCCAUUUUCAUGUAGACUUGAUUGUGUGUUUUGGAUCAUUGUCUUGCUGCAUGACCCACCUGCGCUUCAGCUUCAGCUCACAGACGGAUGGUCUGACAUUCUCCUGUAGAAUUCUCUGAUACAGAGCAGAAUUCAUGGUUCCUUCUAUUAAGGCAAGUCGUCCAGGUCCUGAGCCAGCAAAGCAUCCCCAAACCAUCACACCACCACCACCAUGCUUGACCUUUGGUAUGAUGUUCUUACUGUGGAAUGCAGUGUUUGGUUUUCGCCAGGCAUAAUGGGACCCAUCUCGUCCAAAAAGUUGACUCAAGUUUGCCAAAAAGCACUUGGAUGAUCAUCAAGACUCUUGGAAGAACGUUCUAUGGACAGAUGAUUCAAAAGUAUAGCUUUUUGGACAACAUGGUUCCAGUAAUGCCUGGCGAAAACCAAACACUGCAUUCCACAGUAAGAACAUCAUACCAAAGGUCAAGCAUGGUGGUGGUGUGAUGGUUUGGGGAUGCUUUGCUGCAUGGGGUGUCUCCUUUUUGGUUAUUGAACUAUAGUAAGUAAAUUGGAUUUACACCCGGUAACGAAAUUACAGUAAUGAAAUGUCAUCAUGGGUCCCUGAAAUGUACUACAUAGAAAUGCAUAAUUAUGGAUAUGAAUAUAAGACAUGUCUAUGUCCUGGUAAGUUUGCUGUUACUUACAGCAGUCAUGCUAAUCACAUUAGCGCACGUGAGCUCAACCAUCCCAUAUACGGGACACCGAUCCCGCAGAGGUUAAACAAUCUCUCUCUUUAAUUUCCCAACUUUUUCGAGCAUUCAAUAAAGCUCAGUAUUUGAAUUAUUUAUUUUAUACAGUCAUUUAUGCUCAUCUUUAUCAAUGGUGUCAAUUUCAGACCCCACGGUAUAUGCCUUAAUAAAAAAUGUUUUAUAGACUCUUAGCUUUCAUUUGACAGUUGGUUCUCAUGGGUCCGUUUUACAUGGAUGUUGCCCAACAAAGUCCACAUUCUACCAUGUGAAGAGUCAGUACAUCUGAAUUAUUGCUGGCCGCUUGUUUAGACAGGAAAUAGCUGUAAUUCGGGAUUUGUUUUUUUUUAAAGCAUACAAAUUGCACUCUAGUCCACUAUCGUUUUUUUUUUUUUAAUGGGUUGUAAUCCGUUUCAUGAAUAGCUGUUUGUGUUGCUAAUAUUAACAAGAAGAAGCCAUAUCUGUUGAAAGGAAAUGCUUGCUUUUUCAAUGUAUUAUUUUCAAAGAGAAGCUUCCCUUUUAAUCACUUCAUUAUAAAUCGAUACACCGUUUUUACAGUAAGGCUAAACCGUGAGUCAAUGUGCUUUUGUUCCCUUAAUGGGUUUCAUGGACCAUCACUUUCUCAACAGGUACUGUGCUGUUGUCCAAGGCCUCCCCCAUGCAGAGAAGAAUGGCUAUGACUGCCGACGAUCAAGGUAACAUAUACGUAGCACUAUUUACACCACCUAUUUUAAACACUUUCUUUAGAAGUAGUAAAACUGGAAAUAUCAUACUGCAUCUCUUGGAUUGUGUGUCUCCGAUUUUAAAAGGCAAAAUGUCAUGAUCGUCAACAUUAAAACACAACUUGACUGAUGUGUAUAAUGGCAGCUACUUAUGUGUGAGACCUGAGGCGGUUCUAGAUAAAUCAGUCAACAGUUCCACAUUCCUCAGUCCUUCCAUAAUGUGUACAGCGCCGCUUAUCUGUGUUUGUCCAACACACUUCAAAUCAUAGGUCAUGUUAUGGUGCCUCAUAUACAGUGCAUUCGGAAAGUAUUCAGACCCUUGACUUUUUCCACAUUUUGUUACGUUACAGCCUUAUUCUAAAAUUGAUUAAAUAAAAACGCUUCCUCAUCAAUCUACACACAAUACCCCAUAAAAAAAAGUUUUUUAGACAUUUCUGCAAGUUUAUUAAAAAUAAAAAACAGAAAUGCCUUAUUUACAUUAGUAUUUGCUAUGAGACUCGAAAUGGAGCUCCGGUGCAUCCUGUUUCCACUGAUCAUCCUUGAUGUUUCUACAACUUGAGUGGAGUCCACCUGUGUCAACGGGUCUGAAUACUUUCCGAAGGCACUGUGUAUAUACUGAACAAAAAUAUAAACACAACAAUUUCUAAGAUUUUACUGAGUUACAGUUCAUAUGAGGAAAUUGGUCAAUUGAAAUAAAUUCAUUAGGCCCUAAUCUAUGGAUUUCACAUGACUGGGCAGGGGUGCAGCCAUGGGUGGGCGCAUAGGCCCACCCACUGGGGAGCCAGGCCCAACCAAUCAAAAUGAGUUUAUCCCCACAAAAAGGCUUUAUUACAGACCGAAAUACUCCUUAGCGUGGGCCUCCUGAGAGGCGCAGCGGUCUAAGGCACUGCAUCGCAGUGCUUUAAGCGUCACUACAGACCCAUAGGGCGGCGCACAAUUGGCCCAGCGUCGUCCGGAUUAGGUGAAGGUUUGGCUAGGGGGGGGCUUUACUUGGCUUAUCGCGCUCUAGCGACUCCUUGUGGCGGGCUGUGCGCCUGCAGGCUGACUUCGGUCGUCAGUUGAAUGGUGUUUCCUCCGACACAUUGGUGCGGCUGGCUUCCGGGUUAAGUGGGCGGGUGUUAAGAAACGCAGUUUGGCGGGUCAUGUUUCGGAGGACGCAUGACUCGACCUUCGCAUCUCCCGAGCCCGUUGGAGAGUUGCAGCGAUGAGACAAGAUCGCAAUUGGAUAUCACGAAAUUGGGGAGAAAAGGUGAUUCCUGCAGUCAGUAUGCAAAUUGCACGCUCCCUCAACUUGCGACAUCUGUGGCAUUGUGUUGUGACAAAACUACACAUUUUAAAGUAGCCUUGUAUUGUCCCCAGCACAAGGUGCACCUGUGUAAUGAUCAUGCUGUUUAAUCAGCUUCUUUAUAUGUCACACCUGUCAGGUGGAUGGAUUAUCUUGGCAAAGGAGAAAUGCUCACUAACAGGGAUGCUUCUGUUUGCCACAGUAAGUGUUGUGCAGUAGGCUUGAUUCCGGACCCAGUCAGUUCUAUUGGUGCCUUGAUCUCUGAGUAUUUUUUUAUGUUUUAUUUAUUUAACCUUUAUUUAACCAGGUAAGCCAGUUGAGAACAAGUUCUCAUUUACAACUGCGACCUGGCCAAGAUAAAGCAAAGCACCACCUAUUGAGGUCAAAGGGGGGUGAAAUGUAACUGAGGUCGUUCGAUGAACUACGCUCUUUUGAUGCGUAACUUUGCUGGAGACUUGAAGACUUUUGUUAGCUUCCUGAACUCAUCCCUAUGGGCUUUAGCUAAGUGGGAUAUCAGUCUUGUGACAUGCAGGAGACCUGGUUCGAACCCAGUCAGUCACAAGAGCAAGAUUAAUAGGUGGAAAAAGGUGAAAGGCUAUCCUUAGAAGGGCUAUGACAGGGCUAUUCAACUGUGUUCUUAUGGGGUCAAAUUGUUUUUUCUCCCUUCUAUCACGGCCUGUGAUCAUCAUAGAGGGCACAUCCAUUUUCCAGAGAGCCUUUCAGGAAUGGAUCAUAAUAGUUUAUAGAUGAAAUGGUUUGAACUCUAUAGGGCCUCCUGUAGCUCAGUUGGUAGAGCAUGGCGGCGCUUGCAACGCAAGGGUUGUGGGUUCGAUUCCCACGGGGGCCAGUAUGAAAAAUGUAUGCACUCACUAACUGUAAGUCGCUCUGGAUAAGAGCGUCUGCUAAAUGAUUAAAAUGUAUAGGGAGAAAAUAAAUUCUACAUGCCACAUUGGCUUCAGAAACCGCCAGAAGCUUCUGUUAACCACAGUUGGCGUUUUAAAUUCUAUCUGUUCUCCUCUACUUUUCGUGGCUUGCAAAGUACCAGAAUGUUGUCUCUGGUUUUGAAUCUGAAUUUAGAGAACUGAAUCUGAAUGCAUCUGAGAGGUUGAAUAUAUGAAACUUUGAUAAACUUGAAAUUAUAGUUUGUAAACUUGAUACACAGACAAUGAAUGCAAUAUCUACCAUAUUGAAACUAUAUAUAUAUAUAUAUAUAUAUAUAUAUAUAUAUAUAUAUAUAUAUAUAUAUAUAUAUAUAUACUGCUCAAAAAAAUAAAGGGAACACUAAAAUAACACAUCCUAGUUCUGAAUGAAUGAAAUAAUCUUAUUAAAUACUUUUUUCUUUACAUAGUUGAAUGUGCUGACAACAAAAUCACAAAAAAAAUAUCAAUGAGGUCUAGCAUUGUCUUGCAUUAGGAGGAACCCAGGGCCAACCACACCAGCAUAUGGUCUCACAAGGGGUCUGAGGAUCUCAUCUCGGUACCUAAUGGCAGUCAGGCUACCACUGGCGAGCACAUGGAGGGCUGUGCGGCCCCCCAAAGAAAUGCCACCCCACACCAUGACUGACCCACCGCCAAACCGGUCAUGCUGGAGGAUGUUACAGGCAGCAGAACGUUCUCCACGGCGUCUCCAGACUCUGUCACGUCUGUCACGUGCUCAGUGUGAACCUGCUUUCAUCUGUGAAGAGCACAGGGCGCCAGUGGCGAAUUUGCCAAUCUUGGUGUUCUUUGGCAAAUGCCAAACGUCCUGCACGGUGUUGGGCUGUAAGCACAACCCCCACCUGUGGACGUCGGGCCCUCAUACCACCCUCAUGGAGUCUGUUUCUGACCGUUUGAGCAGACACAUGCACAUUUGUGGCCUGCUGGAGGUCAUUUUGCAGGGCUCUGGCAGUGCUCCUCCUUGCACAAAUGCGGAGGUAGCAGUCCUUCUGCUGGGUUGUUGCCCUCCUACGGCCUCCUCCACGUCUCCUGAUGUACUGGCCUGUCUCCUGGUAGCACCUCCAUGCUCUGGACACUACGCUGACAGACACAGCAAACCUUCUUGCCACAGCUCGCAUUGAUGUGCCAUCCUGGAUGAGCUGCACUACCUGAGCCACUUGUGUGGGUUGUAGACUCCGUCUCAUGCUACCACUAGAGUGAAAGCACCACCAGCAUUCAAAAGUGACCAAAACAUCAGCCAGGAAGCAUAGGAACUGAGAAGUGGUCUGUGGUCACCACCUGCAAAACCAGUCCUUUAUUGGCGGUGUCUUGCUAAUUGCCUAUAAUUUCCACCUGUUGUCUAUUCCAUUUGCACAACAGCAUGUGAAAUGUAUUGUCAAUCAGUGUUGCUUCCUAAGUGGACAGUUUGAUUUCACAGAAGUGUGAUUGACUUGGAGUUACAUUGUGUUUAAGUGUUCCCUUUAUUUUUUUUAGCUGUGUGUGUGUGUGUAUAUAUAUAUAUAUAUAUAUAUAUAUAUAUAUAUAUAUAUAUAUAUAUAUACACACAUCGUGAGGGGGAAAAAAGUAUUUGAUCCCCUGCUGAUUUUGUACGUUUGCCCACUGACAAAGACAUGAUCAGUCUAUAAUUUUAAUGGUAGGUUUAUUUGAACAGUGAGAGACAGAAUAACAACAAAAAAAUCCAGAGAAACACAUGUCAAAAAUGUUAUGUAUUGAUUUGCAUUUUAAUGAGGGAAAUAAGUAUUUGACCCCUCUGCAAAACAUGACUUAGUACUUGGUGGCAAAACCCUUGUUGGCAAUCAGAGAGGUCAGACAUUUCUUGUAGUUGGCCACCAGGUUUGCACACAUCUCAAGAGGGAUUUUGUCCCACUCCUCUUUGCAGAUCUUCUCCAAGUCAUUAAGGUUUCGAGGCUGACGUUUGGCAACUCAAACCUUCAGCUCCCUCCACAGAUUUUCUAUGGGAUUAAGGUCUGGAGACUGGCUAGGCCACUCCAGGACCUUAAUGUGCUUCUUCUUGAGCCACUCCUUUGUUGCCUUGGCCGUGUGGUUUGGGUCAUUGUCAUGCUGGAAUACCCAUCCACGACCCAUUUUCAAUGCCCUGGCUGAGGGAAGGAGAUUCUCACCCAAGAUUAGACGGUACAUGGCCCCGUCCAUUGUCCCUUUGAUGCGGUGAAGUUGUCCUGUCCCCUUAGCCGAAACCCCCCCCCCCCCCCCCCCCCCCCCCCCCCAAAGCAUAAUGUUUCCACCUCCAUGUUUGACGGUGGGGAUGGUGUUCUUGGGGUCAUAGGCAGCAUUCCUCCUCCUCCAAACACGGCGAGUUGAGUUGAUGCCAAAGAGCUUGAUUUUGGUCUCAUCUGACCACAACACUUUCACCCAGUUCUCCUCUGAAUCAUUCAGAUGUUCAUUGGCAAACUUAAGACGGGCCUGUAUAUGUGCUUUCUUGAGCAGGGGGACCUUGCGGGCGCUGCAGGAUUUCAGUCCUUCACGGCGUAGUGUGUUACCAAUUGUUUUCUUGGUGACUAUGGUCCCAGCUGACAUCAUUGACAAGAUCCUCCCGUGUAGUUCUGGGCUGAUUCCUCACCGUUCUCAUGAUCAUUGCAACUCCACGAGGUGAGAUCUUGCAUGGAGCCCCAGGCCGAGGGAGAUUGACAGGUCUUUUGUGUUUCUUCCAUUUGCAAAUAAUUGCACCAACUGUUGUUACCUUCUCACCAAGCUGCUUGGCGAUGGUCUUGUAGCCAAUUCCAGCCUUGUGUAGGUCUACAAUAUUGUCCCUGACAUCCUUGGAGAGCUCUUUGGUCUUGGCCAUGGUGGAGAGUUUGGAAUCUGAUUGAUUGCUUCUGUGGACAGGUGUCUUUUAUACAGGUAACAAGCUGAGAUUAGGAGCACUCCCUUUACGAGUGUGCUCCUAAUCUCAGCUCGUUACCUGUAUAAAAGACACCUGGGAGCCAGAAAUCUUUCUGAUUGAGAGGGGGUCAAAUACUUAUUUCCCUCAUUUAAAAUGCAAAUCAAUUUAUAACAUUUUUGACAUGUGUUUUUCUGGAUUUUUUUGUUGUUAUUCUGUCUCUCACUGUUCAAAUAAACCUACCAUUUAAAAUUAUAGACUGAUCAUUUCUUUGUCAGUGGGCAAACGUACAAAAUCAGCAGGGGAUCAAAUACUUUUUUCCCUCACUGUGUAUAUAUAUAUAUAUAUAUGAGAGAUAAUUUUAAUCUAUUAGAUUGAAAUGUAAUUACAGAAAUUACAGUAACAUUUCUCAAUGCGUUUAGGCGUCCAUAUGACUUUUUUUUUUCUUUUUUUUCUUCUUCUGUUGGACCAAAUGAAAAUAGCAAGUUGAAACCGCUUGUCAAAGAGGAAGAAUGUCGUCUACCUUCCCGCCUUUGGGACAAUGACUCCCAUUGUUAGGGCGGAGACAUGAGCAUCUUGUCAUUAUAUACAGAUCUCUGGUGUAAAUGGGAGGUGGACAGAAGGAGCGAAGGCAACAUGAGAACAAGUGGAUAUAAACGAAAAGUAAAAAGAAACUGGAUUAUUGUGGCAUUUUGGAAUAUUGUGCAAAAACAAACAUUCAAAUUAAUUUGAUAUUGUUCAGCCCUAACUCCAAGGCAUGCUUUGAAUACUGAAUAUGUACAUUUUGUUACUAUGAAGAUUAGCUAAAUAAAUGUGUCUUGACACAUCGCAUCAUUGGUUAAUAACAGGGAAGCUGAUCUCUGAUUUGCUGAGAUAAUUUUCCUAUGCCAAAAGUAGCGGUGCGGGCCUGUUCAAGUACACUGGCUGGGAAGCAUGUGAUUUUUACAGCACAAAGGUAAACAUACUGUACCCAUGGUGACAGUGUAUUGUGUGAUCACUGUAAUUCCAACAAUUUUGACUGACUUUAAAAUGGGUCACUAGCUGCCAGUCCUGAGGAUCCUGCCAGUUCUAACGAUCUCCUUCCCAAGAUGACAUCAGAUGACUUUAUCGGCAAGUUGUCUGUUUCUCUCACUCCUCUUUGUUUCUUUCUAUUCCUGUUGUCUUCCCUUCCCUGUAAAUUCAAUUGAUAACACUCCUCUUCCUGUCCUAACUGUGUUUAGUGAAUUAUAUGCUCUCUCCUCUUCCUAUUCUCUCUUAAUUGCUGUCAUUUCCUGUUUGAGUGGUGCUGACCUCUGACCCUUUUCUCCUGUCCAAUUAGAGAUGUGCCAGGCCAGUCCAGAAACAGGGCCAUGCCGCGCCUCCCAUCGCCACUACUACUUCGACAGCUCCACCGGCACCUGCCUGCCCUUCAUCUACGGAGGCUGCCUUGGCAACAAGAACAACUACGAUACUGCCGAGAGGUGCCUCGCCACCUGCACAGGUGCUCUUCACCCUCCCCCUCUAUCACCUCCUCCCAUUAUUACCUGACACUUCUCACCUCCCACCAACCCCAACAGGCCUCCCCACCCAGCAACCCCUCUCUCUCUUACAUUGACUUAUUUUAUAUCUCUCCAGUGACCGUCAUCCCUGGCUCUAAGGGAAGGAAAGGAUCUGAUGCAGACAAACCUACAGAUGACAAGAGCAUUGAACAUAACGGUAACUGGAUAGAGGACAUAUUUCUGCAGUAUGGCUUUUGGCUAGCUCCUUUAGGUUGAUGUUCAGUGUAAACCAUUCCCCCUGCAUGGUGUAGUUACCUGUUCAGGGAUCAGUCUCAAACAUGUCCUUCCUGAUGUGAUAGCCUUUUUCACAGGUCUGCAGGUUUGAGAUCAGUUCUGAUUGUCCCCUGGUCCUCCUUUCCUCCACAGAUGCUUGCAUGGUGCCCUCAGACGCAGGCCCUUGCCGCGCUGCCUUCAGUAUGUACUACUUUGACCGUAGCACUAGCUCCUGCAAGUCUUUCAUCUACGGUGGCUGCCAGGGAAAUGAUAACCGCUACGGCACACUGGACGAAUGCAUGGCCCGGUGCACUGGAAUGGACGGUAAGGAUGGACUGCAUUUCAGUGAUCUGACAAAUAGGAUGAGAUUAUAAAUUGUCAGGUUAUGGGAGUGAUUAAGUUAGCCUCAGGCUUCUCAUGGAGUUCAAAAGCCUGGGGGAAGUUAAAUAUAGUGGGUAUCGUAAGUAUUCACCCACAUUGGAUUUAAAAAAUUGUUUUGUUGCGUUACAAAGUGGGAUUGAAAUGGAUUUAGUUAUUGAUCUACACAAAAUGCUCCAGAAUGUCAAAGUGAAAAGAACAAAUUAAUACAAAUAAAAUAACUAAAAUAUAGUUGUUGCGGCCUCCCGAGUGGCGCAGCGGUCUAAGGCACUGCACCGCAGUGCUAGAGGCGUCAUGACAGAUCCGGGUUCGAUCCCAGGCUGUUUCGCAGCCAUCCGCGACCGGAAGACCCAUGAGGUGGCACACAAUUGGCCCAGCGUCGUCCGGGUUAGGGGAGGGUUGGGCCGGCUGGGAUGUCCUUGUCCCAUCGCGCACUAGCGACUCUUUGUGGCGGCCGGGCGCAUGCAUGCUGACUUCGGCCACCAGGCUUCCGGGUUAAGCAUGCAGUGUGUCAAGAAGCAGUGUGACUUGGCAGGGUCGUAUUUUGGAGGAUGCAUGGCUCUCGACCUUCGCCUCUCCCGAGUCCAUACGGGAGUUCCAGUGAUGGGACAAGACUGUAACUACCAAUUUGAUAUCACGAAAUUGGGGACAAAAAGGGGUAAAAAAUGGUAUAAAAUAUUCACCCCUUUUGUUUAGGCAAGCGUAAGUUAGUUAAGGAGUGCAAUUUGGCUUAACAAAUCACAUAGUAAGUUAUAUUGACUCACUCUGUGUGAAAUAAUAGGGGUUGACAUGAUUUUUUAAUGACUACCCCUUCCUCUGUCUGCCAUACAUACAUCUGUAAGGUCCCUCAGUCAAGUAUUGAUUUUCAAGCACAGAUUCAACUACAAAAACCAUGGAGCUUUUCGAUAGCUUCAUAAAGAAGGGCAGUGAUUUGUUAGUUGGGUAACAAUAAGAAAUCAGACAUCGAAUAGCUAUUUUAAGCAUGGUCAAGUUAAUCUUUAUGGUGUGGAUUAUGUAUUAAAUCACCCAGACACAACAAAGAUGGUCGUACUUCUUAACUGAGCUGCCAGACAGGAAGGAAAUGUCACCAUGAGGCCAAUUUUAAAACCGCUACAGAGUUCAAUGGCUGUGAAGGGAGAACUGACAACAUUGUUGUUACGCCACAAUAAUGACAGAAUGAAAAGAAGAAUACAAAUUAUUCCAAGAUAAGGCACUACAAUAAUACUGCAAAACAAUGUUGCUAAGGAAUAUACUUUUUGGCCUAAAUGCAAAGCCUUCUGUUUGGAUCAAAUCCAACACAUCACAAAGUAACUGCCGCCUUAUUUUGAAGCAUGGUGGUGGCUGCAUCAUGGUAAGGGUAUCCUUGACGUCGACAAAGACUGGGGAGUUUUUCAGGAUGAAAAGAAACGGGAUAGAGCUAAGCACAUGCAAAAUCCUAGAGGAAACCUGCUUCAGUCUGCUUUACACCAGACACUGGGAGAGGAAUUCACCUUUCAGCAGAACAAUAACCUACAACACAAGACCAAAUUUACACAAGUUAUUUACCAAGAAGACCGUGAAUGUUGCUGAGUGGCGAAGUUAGUUUUUGAUUUAACUCUGCUUAAAAAUCUAUGGCAAGACUUAAAAAUUGCUGUCUAGCGAUGAUCCCCAACACCUUGACAGAGCUUGAAGAAUUUUUAAAAUAAUAAUGGGCAAAUAUUCAACAAUACAGAUGUGCAAAGCUCUUAUGAGACUUGCCCAAGAAGACUCACAGCUGUAAUCGUUGCUGCCAAAGGUGUUUCUAACAUGUAUUGACUUUCUUUUGAAGUGGAUAUAGUGAUAUGUUUAUUUUCUGAUUCCAUCAUUUUCACAGGCGAGCAAGGGCAACACAAUGGCCAUAACCGCAUGACACCAGGUAAGCUAACCUUCCUUAGGUUCUAGGCUGACUGAGAGGUUUAAAGGGUCAUGUUCCAGUGGGUGUGAUAUGGCAACGAUUAACAGUUCUGAAUACAGCUUCAGGAGAGUCUAUAGGUUUCUAUUUAGAGUUUGUUUUGGGUAGAAUAUGAACUUGGCUUGUGCGAGCCGGAAUGGCUCAUAGGAACAGGAGCCUAUCUCCUGUUUCUGCAGUGUGAGGCAUCUUGAGGUACAAGUACACCCCCUGGACAGUGCGUUAUUUAUAUAUAUAUCUAUAUAUCGAACCCACAACCCUGGCGUUGCAAGCGCCAUGCUCUACCAACUGAGCUACACGGAACUAGAUUGGCGGUCAAGCCCUCCGAUCUCCUUAAUCCUGAGUGCCAAGCAGAGACUCAUCAGGUCCCAUUUUUACAGUCUUUGGUAUGUCUCGGCCGGGCAUCGAACACCUAACCUUCCAAUCUCAGGGCGGACACUAAUCACAAGCCACUGAGUUGGUCUCAUUGAUAAAUGAGACUGUUAGAAAUAACACCAUGUGAUGUGAACCAAAGCGUGAUCAUGAACAACUGAAAGAUUCACUGAGAAUAUACACAGUGUACAAAACAUUAGGAACACCAACGCCUUCCUAAUUGAGUUGCACCCCCCUUUGCCCUCAGAACAGCCUCAAUUCGUCAGGGCAUGGACCCUACAAGGUGUCGAAAGCGUUCCACAGGGAUGCUGGCCAAUGUUGACUCCAAUGCUUCCCACAGUUGUGUCAAGUUGGCUGGAUGUCAUUUGGGUCGUGGACCAUUAUUGAUACACACGAGAAACUGUUGCGUGUGAAAAACCCAGCAGCGUUGCAGUUCUUGACACAAACUGGUGCGCCUUGCACCUACUACCAUACCCUGUUGAAUGGCACUUAAAUAUUUUGUCUUGCCCAUUCCGUCUCUGAAUGACACACACACAAUCCAUGUCUCAAUUGUCUCGAGGCUUAAAAAUCCUUCUUUAACCUGUCUCCUCCCCUACAUCUACACUGAUUGAAGUGGAUUUUACAUCCAUAAGGGAUCAUAGCUUUUACCUGAAUUCACCUGGUCAGUCAGUCAUGGAAAGAGCAGGUGUUCUUAAUAUUGUGUACACUUAGUGUACACUCCUUUACUCAUUUAUUUGGACAGUGAAGCUGCAACUUUUAAUUUGGCUCUGUACUCCAGCAUUAUGGAUUUGAGAGAAAAUGUUUCAGUGACAGUACAGACAGAAUGUCACCUUUUCAUGAGGCUAUUUUCAUAUCUGUUUUACCGUUUAGAAAUGAAAGCACUAUGUAUCUUGUAUCAUUUGAAGGUGUCAUAAGUAUUUGGACAAAUCUGUAUUAAAGUAGUCAAAAGUUUGGUAUUUGGUCCCAUAUCAAUGACUACAUCAAGUUUGUGACUCUACAAACUUGUUGGCCGCAUUUGGGCAAUUCCAUGGUAACAGAGUGAUUCAGAGACUCCUAUUUUUCACUUUAAGAUGUAUGUAAAAAAACAAACAAUGAUUGCAAAGUUAAACAAACCACACAACUCUGCACAAGGACUAGUUUUAACAAUUUCCACUGAAAAUGUUACAAAAACAAAUUUACUUGAACAGUGCCGAUGCAAAGUUUGGUAACAAAAUGGCCGCACAAACUGUCAUUCUCAGCAAAAAGCUGUAUACAAGCAACCUAUUUCAGACCGGUCUGCACAUUUUUUAAAAGUUUGAAUGGUGUUUCUAGCUUAAACGGUGGAAGACUAGUUAUGACCAGAAUUUCUUACCAUUAAAUUCUAUUGGGCGCAACACAACCAAAACAAACUGCAAAUGCAUCCAAUACGUUUGUAGAGUCACAAAUUUGAUCUAGUCAUUGCGUUCUAGGAAUAUGGGACCAAAUACUACACUUUUGACUACUUUAAUACACACAGUUCAAUUUGUCCAAAUACUUAUAGCGCCUUCAAAUGGGGGGACGAGAUAAUGAUUUCAUUUCUAAACGGUGAAACAUAUUUAUGAAAAUACCCUCAAAUAAAAGUAAUGUGCUAUUGCCUCAUAUGAAACAUUUUGAUCUCAAAUCCAAAAUGCUAAAAUAUAGAGCCAAAUUAAGUUUUAGUUUCACUGUCCAAAUAAAUAAGUAUGGGAGUAAAUGCCUCCCUCCUUCCCCUCCAGGGUUCUUCCUGGUGGUUUCGCUGGUUGUGAUUUCAGCCCUGAUCCUGGUGGGUCUGAUCCUCUUCACCUUCCGGUGCUCCAGGCUGCAGCGUGGCCACCGCCGCCUCAGUGACAAGGAAGACCUGCUGCCCGACGAGCAGCUGUUUGAGGAGCAGCUGCCCGAGGAAGCGCUCCCCAAAGUGGGCACCGCACCAUAA